AGACUGCCAGUGUGACCUCACCCUCUCCAGUGUCCAUUCUUGGUGCCAGCUAUGAGUUCCUGCAACUUCACCCAUGCCACCUUUGUGCUUAUUGGUAUCCCCGGACUAGAAGAAGCCCAUUUCUGGAUCGGCUUUCCCCUGCUUUCAAUGUAUGCCGUGGCAGUAUUUGGAAACUGCAUCGUGGUCUUCAUCAUAAGAACAGAGCGCAGCCUGCACGCUCCCAUGUACCUCUUUCUCUGCAUGCUGGCAGCCAUUGACCUGGCCUUGUCCACAUCCACCAUGCCCAAGAUCCUCGCCCUCUUCUGGUUUGAUUCCCGAGAGAUUACCUUUGAUGCCUGCAUUGCCCAGAUGUUCUUUAUUCAUGCUCUCUCAGCUAUUGAGUCCACCAUCCUGCUGGCCAUGGCCUUUGACCGUUACAUAGCCAUCUGCCACCCACUGCGCCAUGCUGCAGUGCUCAACAAUACAGUGACAGCCCAGAUUGGCAUGGUGGCUGUGGUCCGUGGAUCCCUCUUCUUUAUCCCACUGCCUCUGCUCAUCAAGCGGCUGGCCUUCUGCCACUCCAAUGUUCUCUCACACUCCUAUUGUGUGCACCAGGAUGUGAUGAAGUUGGCCCAUGCAGAUACAUUGCCCAAUGUGGUCUAUGGUCUUACUGCCAUUCUGCUGGUCAUGGGUGUGGAUGUACUAUUCAUCUCCCUGUCCUAUUGUCUGAUUAUACGAACAGUUCUACAACUGCCUUCCAAGUCAGAGCGGGCCAAGGCCUUUGGAACCUGUGUGUCACACAUUGGUGUGGUACUGGCCUUCUAUGUACCUCUUAUUGGUCUCUCAGUGGUGCACCGUUUUGGAAACAGCCUUGAUCCCAUUGUGCAUGUUCUCAUGGGUGAUGUCUAUCUACUUCUGCCUCCUGUAAUCAAUCCCAUCAUCUAUGGUGCCAAGACCAAACAGAUCAGAACUCGGGUGCUAGCUAUGUUCAAGAUCAGCUGUGACAAAGACCUUCAGGAUGUGGGAGGCAAGUGACCCUUACCACUCCACUUUCCCUUAUCCUUAAUGACUUGAUAUAAUAAUUUCCUAAUGCUAUUUUAAUUUUAUUUGCCAAUAAGCAUAUCAGUGCUUUUCUCUACUUUGGCUCCCAAGUUCUGCUCUACUCAGAGUGAAAUUUUGGGGGCUACCAAAAUUCCCUUCCAUACAUCAAAAGGUUAUUGAUAUCAUUAUUCCAUAAAAAAUUUCAGAUUAGAAAAUCCAACAAUGCCCCUAAUAAGUAGUAAGAGAACAUAAAAAAGAGUGACAAAAAAAUAUAAUUGUCUGUUGUCUUUGAAGCAAGGGAAAAAUUAUUCUUUCUAGUAAUCCAAGCAACCUAUAUUAAAACAAUAGUUAGGCAGCAUUUUUGCCGAUCAAAUUAGCAGGGGUUUUUAAUGAAAAUUCACAAUGAAAAAGGAGACUGUUGAAACAUAUGUUCUUGAGCAUCACAGUUGAUGGUGUAAUUGGCAGUAUGUAGCAAGAACUUUUAAAAAAUUGUGUGCUUUAAUGCUGUAAUCUCACUUUUGAAAAACUACCUUAACAAAAGAUCUCUAAAUGCAGAAAACAGGCUUUUUAUAAAAUGUAUUAGUUACAGCAUUAUUUAAAGUAAUCAUAUAUUAUAA